UCAGCACCGUGGGAGCUGCUCUCCCUCUUCGGCACCCUCGCCCGCGCGGGUCGGCAGCUGGAUGCGGUAGCUGCCCGGCAGCCAGGGCGCCGCUUCCUUCCGCGUGGCUGCUGCGGCCAGGUCGGUGACCCUGACGAGGUGCUGCACGUCAGCUGGGGCGUCCUCUGCGGCCGUCGGCUCCCUCACAUACACACUGGUGAGCGGGUCAGCGAGGAGGAUUCCCUUCUCGUCAAACGUGACGACGGUCUCCAGCACGUCUGCAGCGGCCCUGAGUGUCGUCAUGAGAUCGGCCGGGGUGGCGACGGUGGGGGGUGGGAGGGGUUUGGUUGGGGUGAGGGUGAGGGAGGUCGUUGACGGCUGGAAGGCAAGGAGGGCGCUGACCAGUGACAGGAGCGGAACGGAACCAACUGAACAAGCGGGAAACAACCAGAAUGUUCACUCAGCCGUCCACUCUUUCUGCCUUUCCUUGCCCACCUUCUGCAGCCUUGGUCACCAGUAGGGACCAUGACGGUCUCCUUCUGCUCGCCGUUGUGCCGCGCCAGUCUGCACUCGUCGAACACUCCCUCUCUCUCAUCAGCAACAGCAACAAAGCUACUCAGCAGAGCGUCGCUCUGCACGUGGCGGUACAGCUGCCACUCUCUGCGCAGCCGCUGGGAGAUGGAUGGGGAGCUGCCGACUUUCACCCGCAGUGACACGCUCAUUGUGGCUCCUCCUCCACCCAGAAUGUCGUCGUCGGUGCCGCUUAUCACUUUGGCACCUCUGAAAACUCCAUCAACGUCGUCGGAGGCCGAGUCCUGCUGCUGCAGGAGCAACCUCUUCCCUAAGAGGGUCCUCGACUGCGGUGGUCAUGGCGCCGUGGUCGGCUGAAAACGAAGACAGCCGUCGCUGCGCGCGGACAGAUGACAACGGGGCUACCAGGGCUGUCCUGAGGCGUCGCAUGGCAACG